AUGGCAACAACAAAUCCUCGUCAAUUCACUUAUUUUUUACGUGUAAAAGAAAGUUUUAGUGCAGUGAAUGAUCCUGACACAAAGUUAUUGUGUAAUGAUUUGCUCAAUUUUAUUGACAAAUGUGCUGAAAAAUCACAAACACGCGUUUUGGAUUUUACUUCAAGAAAAUGUGAAGAGAAUAUAAGCCAAUUUUUGUUAAUGGAUCGUGAAUUUGUUGGAAGAAUGAUUGAUAAUUUUUCCAAAUUUUCGGCUAAAGGGAUUUUUGAUUUAUUGUCAAAAGAUAAUGGAAUGGUUAAAGAUGUGGCUAUGGAAUCAAAAUCUAGAGCAUUAAUUAAAGCAAUUGAAAAACAAUAUUACCAAAUUAUUUGUUUGUCUGCUCUUUAUUGCCCACUUGAAUUACUCCAAACAAUUAUUACAAAAUUGUGUGCAUUUAUUUAUAAAUAUAGAUCUGAUUCUUUAUUUGGAUUGUCAGAAUUAACUGUUUGGACUGCUUUAUUGUUAUUAAUAAAUCCUGUUAAGCUUAAACAACAUUGUUUGUGUAUUCCACAUGAACUUGAUGAAAUUGAAUUUGUUAAUGAGGGAAUAAAUAAUUUGGCUUUAGAAUUUCUAUUAGCGUUUAUUGUACAAUCACCGAUAUUUAAUGGUGGGGAUGAUUUUGCUUUUACUGUUGAAUUAAUUGAUAAUAUACUGAAGAAUUUUAUUUGUUAUUUUCCAAAUAAACUUGUUGAAAUGUACAAUCUAUGCGAAGAUGAGUUACAAACAAUGGCGGAAUAUCAAAACCAAGAAAAUAAUGAAAAUUAUUUUGGAAAUGAAGAGCAACAAAAAACUUCUAGAGCACCUAAUUUUUCCCAUUUACAUUUUAAAACUUUAUUAGAAUUAAUUGCAGCAUUAUAUGAAUCAGAGAAUAAUACACAAUUAAUACAACUUUCGGCAGAAUUUACAAAUCCAAAUUGUGAAGGACUUUGUGACUUUAUUUAUCGUGGAAGAACAAUUUCAGCACCGGCAUUAAAAGUUGCAUAUUUGGACAUGUUACGAUCAUUAUGUAAGAAUGGGCAGUCAGCGGAAGUUUUCUUUAAUAUCUUUAAAUAA